CGGCCCCCGGGGGUGCCCACCGCCCCGCCGCCGGCCUGAGCCUCGCCGCCCCACUGGAGCAGCCUGCGGGCUCGGGGCGCUCGCGGGCCGCCGGCGAUGGCGAACCAGCUGGUGAUCCUCAACGUGUACGACAUGUAUUGGAUGAAUGAGUAUACUUCUUCCCUUGGAAUUGGAGUAUUCCAUUCGGGUAUAGAGGUGUAUGGCCGAGAAUUUGCCUAUGGUGGUCACCCAUACCCUUUUUCUGGAAUAUUUGAAAUUUCUCCAGGAAAUGCUUCCGAGCUGGGAGAGACAUUUAAAUUUAAAGAGGCUGUGGUUCUAGGCAGCACUGACUUCAUGGAAGAUGAUAUAGAAAAAAUAGUAGAAGAGCUUGGAAAAGAAUUCAAAGGAAAUGCUUAUCACCUAAUGCACAAAAACUGCAAUCACUUUUCUUCAGCUUUAUCUGAGAUUCUGUGUGGAAAAGAGAUUCCACGAUGGGUGAAUCGCCUCGCCUACUUCAGCUCUUGUAUACCGUUUCUCCAGAGCUGCCUGCCGAAGGAAUGGCUGACUCCUGCAGCCCUCCAGUCCAGUGUCAGCCAGGAGCUACAGGACGAGCUGGAGGAAGCUGAGGACGCAGCAGCAUCUGCUUCCUUGGCAAGCUCAGCAUCUGGGUCUAGAACUGGACGCCACACCAAAUUAUAAGUCCUCCUCCAAAGUACUAAAUGGUUUGAAAUACUUCAGUUUAAUCUCUCCAGCAAUUGACUUUCUGACAGAACGUGAGAGCUGACUCCAGAACAUUGUCUUUAUAUGCAAAAAUGGCUCUCAUCAGCCCCUGUUUCAGCUCAGGAUUAUUUAAGUAGCGAAAAGAAUUGCUGUGAGAAAAGGGAAGGAUGUUGUGUGAAGCCACCCUUUUCAUUUUCACCUGUUUGCUAGACCUGAGUUAACAUCUUGUAUAAAGUAGAACUUAAAUUAUUUGUUUACAGUAUUGUGUACUGCUGUUUACAAGUCCUGUAAGGACUCCUGCCACCACGGAAGAAGAGAGAACGUGAGUUUUGCUGGUGUAACUCGAAGGCAGUGGUAUGAUGAUGCCCUGGCUAUGAACUCUCCCCUUUGUUUUCAAGACCUAAGGCAGGUGAAACUUAAAUUUCUGAGAAAUGCUAGAAACUGCUGAAUGCUAUCCAUGUGAACAGGGUACCGUACACUCAAAGUGGCUGAUGUAAACAGGUAGAUUCCAGGAUGUAGGGAGACUGAUUUUUGUGUAAGAUCUGUUAUUGAAGUAUGACCUCUACAUUCAUGAAGCUGAGGAUUUUUGCACAUACGAAGUGAAAUUUCUAUCUCAUUACACUGCCCAUUGAUCCCUCACAUUUUGUUUUUUCUUUUAAAUUCAGCCAUGCAGUUUGCAUAGUAUCUUCUGUCCAUAUUUACAGUCUACUUCAACCAGAAUUUAGAUCUAUGAUUAUCGCCUCUUAAAAACAUCAACAGUUUUUUCACGGUUUGUGUUACUUGAUUUAAAACUUGUAUAUACAAAGUUAGUACUUGUAUUUUAUUUUUUUUUUAAUUUUAUUAUUAUUUCACAUAGUUUGAAUAGCAUAAUACAAGCCAUUUAUGGUUGGGGAAUGGCCUUGCUUCCUGCUGCUGAUUUUGCUUCAUUUAAGUUUAUAAGCAUCAAUGGGUUUUGGUUUUGUUUUUUUUUUAAGCCGAUAUAUUGGCACCCAGUUGGUUGUGCAUAUCUGCACAAAUUACAGAGAAAUCUUAAUUUAUUUUCCCACAGUUUCUAUCUGUGGCAUUAACUUUCCUGUCAGAUGUAACGAAGAAAAACCUGAAAAUUGCUUAUGCACCUGCGUGUUUACACAGCAGAACCUGCUAAUCUGCACACGUAAUUAUGUCUGAAGGUAAGAGAUGCUAUUUUCUAAAACACAGAAGUAUGUUUGCUGGUAGAUUAUAAUUAGAGCUAAAUUAUAAUUAGUGAUCAGAAUAUAUAAUGGAAUGCCUUAUUCUUGUUCACUUACCAAGAGAAUUAAUGGUUCUUGCAGUCAUUAGUGUGAAUUGGCGAGGUUCUGUUGUGCACAUGAGGAUACAGUAGCACAAAUAUGAGGGAGGUGAGCUUGUGUAUGUUGUAAGACUCGCUGCCUUAAACUGUAACAAAACAACAUCUAUAAACUGAUGAGCUCUCCAAGAAGUGUGCAUUACUAGAAACAUAAAUGAUUUUUACAAGCUUUAUUUUUGAUCUGUUGCUCAGUUUAAUUUUUUCCAUCAAGUGAAAUACUGACUCUAACGUUUCUGUUGUUCAAAAGGGGAAAAAAAAAUCCUCCUAGGAGGCAAGAAUGCUUAAUGCUGUGUAUUCUCCAGGCCAUGGGUAGUCAGUGCCAUGAACCCUUCAGGAAGGUACAGUAGGUUAUGUUCUAGUAAGAAUUUGCAUGAUGGCCAACUCAAUUCAUGGUUGAAAAGAGCAAGAAGUUUUUCUUCUGGCAGUUGGGCUGAAGCCUUUGGAAGACAGCCUUGAAGCUUUCACUCAUCUUCUGUGAUACACUGUAGUGACAGAAAGAUAAGCUAGUAUUCAGUACUGAGGAAGAAUCAAGAGCCAUUUUUUUUCAAGAAGAGUGGGAUAGUUGUAGAAGUCUUGUUAUCUGUGCUUUGGUACAUGUAUUAAUGAUCUCUUCUACCAAGUGGGAAAUGCUCAAGACUGACAAGUCUACCAUGAUAUUUCUUUGCUCUCCAGAAUUUGGACAUACUGACUCGUUUUGUUUUUCCACUUGAAUCUCUGAAUUGGGGGUGGGUUUUUUGGUUUAUUUUUUCCUGGUGUGAAAAUGAGCAUGGUGGUCUCCAGUCAGCUCUCAAGCAUUACAGAAUGAACUAUUGCACUACUCACAGCUAAGGUGACAGACUGUAGGUGGGUCGUUCCGUCUCUCCUGUGCAGCUGUAGUAGUAAUGUGACUCUCUUGGCCAAGGCAGGUCCUUUAUUUCAGCUCAGGGUUGAGGCCACUGAUCUAGCAACGUACUGUAGCUCUUCCUAGGUUUUAGGAAAAAUAAAUAGGAUAAAUUUUCAUUGCUACCUAAUUCUUCUGUACCAAAACCAGCUUUUUAGGCUUCUCAGAUAUCCAGAGCUCUAGAUCUCAAAUCUCUACACC